CUCCUACAGGUUCGGUCCGCCGCCCCCUGUCCCGCGCCCCAGGACCCUCCUGCUGCACUCGCUCUCUCGGUUCGCCCCGACGCCAUGGACACGCUUUGGUGGCGCGCAGUUUGGGGACUCUGCCUCGUGCAGCUGAGCCUGGCGCAGAUCGAUUUAAAUAUAACCUGCCGCUACUCAGGUGUAUUUCAUGUGGAGAAAAAUGGCCGCUACAGCAUCUCUCGGACAGAGGCAGCUGACCUCUGCAAGGCUUUCAACAGCACCCUGCCCACCUUGGAGCAGAUGGAGAAUGCUCGGGAAAUUGGCUUUGAGACCUGCAGGUAUGGGUUUAUAGAAGGGCUCGUGGUGAUCCCCCGGAUCCACCCCAACUCCAUCUGUGCAGCAAACAACACAGGGGUGUACGUCGUCCCCUCCUCUGAAAACUCCCAGUAUGACACGUACUGCUUCAAUGCUUCAGCUCCGGAGGGAGAAGAUUGUACAUCAGUCACAGACCUGCCCAAUGCCUUUGAUGGACCAAUUACCAUAACCAUUGUCAACCGAGAUGGCACUCGCUACAGCAAGAAAGGAGAAUACAGAACGAACCCUGAGGACAUCAACCCCAGCAACCCCACGGACGACGAUGUGAGCAGCGGAUCCCCCAGUGAGAGGAGCACAUCGGGAGGCUACAGCAUCUUCCACACCCACCUCCCCACAGCUUACCCAGACCCAGACACGCCCUGGUUCUCUGACAACACAGAGAGGGCCCCGGCUACCACUUUGAUGAGCUCUAGUGCUACAACUCCUGAAACAACCACCAAGAGGCAAGAAUCCUACCAUUGGUUUUCAUGGUUGUUUCAACCAUCAGAGUCCAAGAAUCAUCUUCACACAACAACACAAAUGGCUGGUACGGAUUCAAAUACCAUCUCAGCAGGCUGGGAGCCAAAUGAAGAAAAUGAAGAUGAAAGAGACAAACCCAUCAGUUUUUCUGGAUCAGGCAUUGAUGAUGAUGAAGAUUUUAUCUCCAGUACCAUUUCAACCACACCACGGGUUUUUGACCACACAAAACAGAACCAGGAUUGGACCCAGUGGAACCCAAGCCAUUCAAAUCCGGAAGUACUACUUGAGACAACCACAAGGAUGACUGGUAAUGGAAUAGACAGAAGUGGUAUUAAUAGUUGUGGGGGAAACUGGAUCGAGGAGCCACACCCCCCUCUCAUUCACCAUGGGCACUGUAAAGAAGGGGAGACCCAGCAUGUUACAAGCACAGUCCAGGCGACUCCUAAUAGAACAACUGAAGAAACAGCUACCCAGAGAGAACAGUGGUUUGGCAACGGAUGGCACGGGGAAUAUCCCCACACGCCAAAGGAAGACUCUCAUUCAAGAGCAGAGACGACUGGUAAUGGAUGGCCCUCAGCCUACGCCAACCACCCAAGUCAGAGAAUGACAACACUGAGUCAAGAGGACAGUUCCUGGACUGAUUACUUCGACCCCAUCUCACAUCCAAUAGGACCAGGUCAUCAAACAGAAAGAAGGAUGGAUAUGGACUCCAGUCAUAGUACAACCCUUCAGUCCACUGCAGAUCCAAACACAGGUUUGGUGGAAGACUUGGACAGGACAGGACCUCUUUCAAUGACAACGCAGCAGAGUCAUUCUCAGAGCUUCUCUACAUCACAUGGAGGUUUGGAAGAAGAUAAAGAACAUCCAACAACUUCAACUCUGACAUCAAGCAAUAGGAAUGAUGACAGAGGUGGAAGAAGAGGUCAAAGUCGUUCUGAAGGCUCAACUACUUUACUGGAAGGUUAUAUGACUCAUUAUCCAGACAUGAAGGAAAACAGGACUCUCAUCCCCGUCACCCCUGCUAAGACGGGGUCCUUUGGAGGUACUGAAGUCACUGUUGUUGGAGAUUCCAACUCUAACAUUGAUCUCGCCUUCUCAGGAGACCACGACUCAUCCAGGGACUCCAGCCCGGGCGGCCAUACCACUCAUGGAUCUGAAUCAGAUGGACACUUCACUGGGAGUCAAGAAGGCGGAGCAAACACAACUUCAGGUCCUAUGAGGAAACCCCAAAUUCCAGAAUGGCUGAUCAUCUUGGCUUCCCUCUUGGCCCUGGCUUUGAUUCUGGCAGUUUGCAUCGCUGUCAACAGUCGAAGAAGGUGUGGACAGAAGAAAAAGCUGGUGAUCAACAAUGGCAAUGGAACUAUGGAGGACAGAAAGCCAAGUGGACUCAACGGAGAAGCCAGCAAGUCUCAGGAAAUGGUGCAUCUGGUGAACAAGGAGCCGACAGAGACCCAGGACCAGUUUAUGACAGCUGAUGAGACGCGGAACCUGCAGAACGUGGACAUGAAGAUUGGGAUGUAAUGCCAACACCGUUAUCUUGAAAGCAAACAUGUGGAGUCAUAACUAUAUUACAGGGAACUGGGACACUUAACAGAUGCAAUGUGCUACUGAUUGUUUCAUUGGGAAUCUUUUUUUUUUUUUUUGUAAGGAUAAAAUUUUCUAUUCCUUU